AAAUAUACAGAACCUUCCGGUUGGUUUCUUUGUAAGCCACCAACAUUUAACAACCGGUUUUCAACUCCUGGGUAAAAGAACUUUCAGGCUUCCUGGAUCUGCAAUGUCUACACCUGCUGAAUUCUAUAACUCUCUUCCACCAAUAUGCAAGGCCUAUGGGACAUUGUGCCUUGCAGUCACUACAGUUUGUCAGCUUGGAUUAUUGAAUCCUGAUCAUCUUCUAUUAGACUAUAAGCUAGUCUUUUCACAUCUUCAGGUGUGGAGGCUGUUUACAAAUUUCUUUUUCCUUGGAUUUUUCUCAAUCAAUUUUGGGAUCAGGCUUUUAAUGAUAGUGAGAUAUGGAGUUAGCUUAGAGAGGGGACCGUUCGACAGACGUACAGCAGACUUUUUGUGGAUGAUGAUAUUUGGAGGCUUGUCUUUGCUGGUGUUGUCAGCCAUCCCCAUAUUUCGGUCAUUCCUUUUAGGGACAUCCCUGGUUUUUAUGCUUCUCUAUCUGUGGGGUAGAGAAUUUCCGAAUGCCCAAAUUAAUAUCUAUGGCCUCGUGAAACUUAAGGGAUUUUAUCUACCAUGGGCAAUGCUGGUUUUGGAUAUUGUUUUCGGUUCACCUCUGAUAACAGACCUCCUAGGAAUCAUAGCAGGUCAUCUAUAUUACUUUUUGACAGUGUUGCAUCCACUUGCCACUGGAAAGAACUUAUUGAAGACUCCGAAAUGGGUACAUAAACUUGUUGCAAGGUGGAGAAUUGGAGCCCCAUCCAUCAACCGUGAUCAGUCUACUGCCCAGCCGGAAAGGACAACUGGUGCUUUCAGGGGAAGAUCAUACAGACUUAAUGGAUAAUAACAAUGGUUGAUACUGUCAGAAAUCGCAUAGUGAACCAGAAUGUUGACAUGUUAUUGCAACUUGCUCACCACUUUUUCAAGAUGAUCCCACUUACAAAGGGAGCAUAUUUUUGAAAGAAAAAGAGCUGACAAUUAAAACCACUAGGGAUAAUUUAUUGUUUUAUGGUUUCAUUAAAAAUUUCUGAUUAUUCUGUUGUGUUUUCUCAAGACUUUCCUUGUAGAAACAUAGCAAAAACACCAUGUCCAAUUUGGCAUUGAAUUUAUAUUCUGUGGGUUGAUUUUUCUUUGGCAAUAACAUAAGUUGGAAGUAUUCAUUUUUUUAUAA